GAGAUGGUUUGAACAGCCGCUAAUGAGGAAGUCGUACAGCGUACAUAGACUUAAAAUCUCACUAAAAUUCAAAGGCAACAUGUCAACAGACAGGACAAAGUUACUGUUUGAAGGCUUCCUGCAGAAAAGAAAAGACACAAUGAAAAUAAGGUGGGUGACGUAUUGGUUCAGGCUUCAAAACACAACAUUGUUCUUUUACACCAAGAAGAAUGGCAGUGCUCUGCAUUUGAGAGGAUAUUACUACAUUUACACAGUGCAGUCGGUACGAGAGGUGCAGCAAGUCAGCAGCAAGCGCUUUUUGUUUGAGAUCAUCAUGACCAACGGGAAGAGAAAAGUGCUGGCAGCAGAGUCAGCUGCUGACAGGAACGAGUGGAUAGAACACCUGUGGCGAGCCAUGCGUCUGUCCAGCUGUGGAGCCUCAGAACCUGAAAACUCAAAGUCGGAGGGAAAACUACACAGCACAACAAACUGGUACUCACAGGGUGACAAUGCAACUGUUUCGCCACCUCCUCAACUCCUCUCCUCUUUCACUUCUCCUGACCACAGCCACCGUGAAGAGGAAACCUCAUCUCCUAACCUGUACGAGGAGGUGAAGGAGGAGCCCACCUACCAAAACACAGCAGACAUUUUUGAAUGUCUGCGUCACCAUGAUAAAGGUUAAAGACUUUCAAUAUAUGAACCUUUUAUAAAUGUGUU